CUACCAUCCACCAAGAUUCUAAACCAGACAAUAUGCAGAAACCAUCCAUACAACACUGACUCACCCAGCUAACCCAUGCUCCCCGCAAUAAGCUCCAAAGCUCACCCUACAGCCUCACUCAGAAUCAAAACCAACUACGAACACGACAUCAAACGACAAUCCACGAUCCACACAUAAACAAGAACACCCAACAAACCCCCUCACCAAAUUCAAAACUACCAACCGGACCACCCAACCCAAACAGGCAUCUCAUUCCCUCUCCCGAGUCCAGACCCCUUUAAAACUGCCCGCAUCAACGGCCGUCCAGCUCACCACCCGACCAGUUCUCAUCUAAACCAUCUAAUCUAGUCCACCCGAUAAGAAACAAGAUUAAAGGCAAACAUGACUACAUGCAGAGUAUGUACAUCUACAGCUCCAGCUCAGCGUACACGCCGCCGGCACGAGGAAGGAGUCACUUGAUUAUCACUAUGCAGCCACCGUAUGGGUAUCACCUUUAGCGGGCUGUAUUCAAAUCCUCUAUCCCAUAGCUCCAGUGUGCGUGUCGUCUGAUUAUUAUGGUGUAUACUGGGACGGUCGAUAUUGAAAUUCUUGGGACAGAUGAGAUCCUAUGCAUGAUGGAGAUUUGGGUCUCGUGGUUUCAUCGAUGCAUGGCUGGGCGUAGAUUGGGUUGUGGCUUGCCUGGGGGAGUCUUCGUUGGUGGGAUGGGUUUAUGGGGUGUUUUUACUGAGGUCUGGGUUGGUAUGGUUGUUUGAUGUAGUGGAUGCUUUUGAGGGGUCCGAUGAUGCUCGUUCUACUUUCAUAUUGGGCGGGGGUUCCGUACAGAGAGG